AUGUUAAGUGGUAGGCAUGAAAAAUGGCACAAAUCAUUCUUUUCUUCAUUUACACAACCUCAAAUGUCCUCAAGAUUUGUUCAGAAAGUUAGAUUAAUAUUACCUCAUAUUUUAUUGUGUACAGCAACUUUGGUAUAUAUUUGUAUUGGUGCUGAAUUAUUUUAUCUUAUAGAAGCUCCAUAUGAAUUAGAACAUAGAAAAUUUCAUAUAGAUAAUAUUAGAGAGAUUCAAGAAAAAGUUAAAUAUUUUGAUAUUCAUAAAUACGGUAAUGAAAGUGCUGAACAAUUGAUAGAUGAACUUAUUUAUGUUUCUAUGCAAGCAUUUGAUGAAGGAAUAACAUUAGAAGAUUUUGAUAUAGAAACAAAUUUAACAAAUAAAUGGACAUUUUCAACAGCAGUAUUUUUUGCUGUAACUGUUGUUACAACAAUAGGAUAUGGUAAUCUUGUACCUAUCUCAUUUUUUGGAAGAUUUUUUUGUAUAUUUUAUUCAUUUCUUGGUAUACCAUUAACAUUAAUUACAAUUGCUGAUGUUGCUAAAUUUUUAUCUGAUCUUAUUAAUCAUUGUUACUGGAGAAAUGUAAGAAGAAAAGAUCUUAAGAAAGAUGGGCUUAUAAAUGAAGAAGAUGAUGUUGAUAGUCUUGCUGCAACCAUUGAAACCAGUUCAGCAGCUCAAUUUUUUGUUCUUCUUCUCUUACUUGUUUAUAUGGCAGUGGCUGCUUAUGUUUUUACACAUCUUCAAGAAUGGAAUUUUUUGGAUUCAUUUUACUUUACAUUAAUUACACUUGUUACUAUUGGAUAUGGUGAUUUAAAUAUUGAAACAAAUGGUGAAAAUUAUUAUGGAUGGAUAGCAUUUAUUUUUGUUGGUCUUAUAUUAUCAACAUUAACAGUUGAUUUAGUUGGAUCUGCCUGUAUUCAAAAUUUACACUCAUUUGGUAGAAAUUUUGAUGCUCUUGGUUUUUUAAGAUCUGCUUUACGGAAUGGUAAACAUGCUACAGUAGAUCAAUGGGAUGCAUUUUGUCCUGAGGAGUAUUGGCUUAUGCCAUGGAUUGAUGAGAUACGUAAAUUUAGCUCAUUAAGUGCUUUAAAAGAUUCUGAAAAUAAUUCAAAAAAAAGUAGUCAAUCAUUAAAAGUAUAA